GACGAAUGAAGUAAGCACCACCGGGCAGAGGCGCACAGGGUUUUGGUUCCGGACUCCGGAGUUCAAUCCUCCCCAUUAUACUCCCCCUAAAUUCAAAUUCGAUUAAACUCAAAUUCAAUUCGAAUUCAAUUAGAGAGAGACACAGAGAGUUGCAAUGGCGGAGCACUUGGCUUCGAUAUUCGGGACGGAGAAGGACCGCGUGAACUGCCCCUUCUACUUCAAGAUCGGCGCGUGCCGUCACGGCGACCGCUGCUCCCGUCUCCACAACCGCCCCACCAUCAGCCCAACGCUCCUCCUCUCCAACAUGUACCAACGCCCCGACAUGAUCACCCCCGGCGUCGACCCCCAGGGUCAGCCCCUCGACCCCCGCAAGAUCCAGGACCACUUCGAAGACUUCUACGAGGACAUCUUCGAGGAGCUCGACAAGUUCGGCGAGAUCGAGAGCCUCAACGUCUGCGACAAUCUCGCCGAUCACAUGAUCGGCAACGUCUACGUCCAGUUCAAGGAGGAGGAUCAAGCCGCGGCGGCGCUCCAGGCUUUACAGGGGAGAUUCUACAACGGCCGCCCGAUUAUCGCGGACUUCUCGCCGGUCACGGAUUUCCGCGAGGCCACGUGUCGCCAGUUCGAGGAGAACAGCUGUAACCGGGGAGGUUACUGUAAUUUUAUGCACGUGAAGCUGAUUGGGAGGGAGUUGAGGAGGAAGCUUUACGGGAGGUACCGCGGGUUUAGGGCUAGCCGGAGCAGGAGCCGCAGCCGGAGUUUGAGCCCGCCGCGGCACCGGAGGGAUAGGGACUACCGGGAGAGGGAUUAUAGAGGGAAUGGGAAGAGAAGCAAGGAUAGGUAUGACAGGGACAGAGACAAUGGGAGGAGGAGACAUGGCAGUCCCGGGCGGAGCAGAACCAGGAGCAGGAGCCCUGUGGCGGCCGUGAGGGAAGGGAGCGAGGAGCGCCGUGCUAGAAUUGAGCAGUGGAACCGAGAAAGGGAGGAGAAGCAGUGAUUGUGGAGUUGGAUUUUCGUUGGAAUUUGCUUUUAGUGGCCUGUAAAGCUCAUGUCAUGGAGACUCUAGUUUUGAUGACUUCCACUGCUAGCGCAGUACGAUAUCACACAGCUAGCUUGAUCCUGUGUUCUUCUCCUAUUUUUCUUCUUCUCUGCUAUUUUUCUUUUCCCCCCUUUCUAAUAUUACAGGAUGUUGCUAGUUGAUAGCAUCAUAUGCAGUGUAGGUUCUUAGGAUGGGUGCUUGUUCUACAGUUUACACAUCAUAACGCCCAUGAUAAUUGAAUGUUAGAUGCUGAAUCUAUAUUGGAUUCUCAGCACGCUGGUGAUAUGGUGAUAUCAGACCCGCAAUUACCAGUUCUAUAUCAUGUCUGGCUGGCCAGAAUCUUCUGCUUUUUAGUUUUUAUAAUUUCACAUCAUUGUGUAGGUAGGUAUCCACGGGACCUGGAAGUUAGUGCUUGACAGACUGAUAGAGCGCCAUUCGGUUUUCUCUUCCUUGUAUUUAAUCCGAGUUUGACGUUCAUUUCUUUCUCUGUGAACUAUUAAUAUUGCGGUGUAUGGUUUUAGGAACAAGAAAACAGGUCAGAUUCAGACUAGCUAUGGUGUAGCCUGCCACUAGGUACUCCUUUGGUUUGAUUGGUACUAGGUAUUUCUUCUGCAGGAUAUUACAUCAUCGGUCGUGCCCAAAAGUGCUCUGCAAAUGUAUUGCAUCAUCAGUCAGUUAGAUUAUAUUCGUCUAGCACACAAUAGUCACUGGUGACAUGUCUGCAGUGUUUUAGUUUUACAAUGAAAUGGUUAGUUUUGAUGUACC